AUGGCAAUACUGGCAGUCCCUGUGAAUACAUGUAAGAAGAUGAAGCACCCAGCACUUGCUGCAUCUUCGUGUUGUGCCAGCCCCACGAACGAGGUCCAUCGUCCCAUGUGUAUCCAGGCAAUCAUUCAGGCACAAAGCCCGGCACGAGGCACCUCAUGCACCUUCAUGGGGACGCCAACAGCAGCCAAUGUGGCAUCAUUUGCACCGCCGACGCCGGUUGCCGGUCUCCACGACUCUUGUUUCGAUCCUAUCAAACCGCCUUCUUUCACCGAAUUUGGCCACAGGGCCGGCCAGGCCUGGACAAUGCCUGAUGCAGCGGUGCUGGAGCUUGCAGCAGCAGGGCGUUUGGAUUGGUACGGAGGCUGA